AUGGAAUUUCCUCUAGUAUUCAUGUUUACACUUUUUGCUGUGACAUUUUUAGUCUCAGGAGAAAGAUCAACUUACAUUGUCCACAUGGACAAGUCUUUCAUGCCCAAAGCUUAUUCUCACCACACACACUGGUAUUCCUCCACAGUUGAUUCCCUAAAAUCAAUUAGCCCCGCAUCAAAUGGUCAGAAUCCAAACCCACCAAGCCUUGUUUAUACUUACGACAAUGCAUUUCAUGGGUUUAGUGCUGUUUUGUCGAAACAAGAACUCGAACAUCUUAAGAAAUUACCAGGGUUUGUCUCAGCUUAUAAUGAUAGAGCUGUUACACUAGACACUACUCACACUUUUGAAUUCCUGUCUCUGAAUCCUUCCACAGGAUUAUGGCCUGCUUCUGAAUAUGGAAAAGAUGUAAUUGUCGGGGUGAUUGAUACCGGCGUCUGGCCGGAAAGUUUAAGCUACAAUGACGAUGGAAUGGGGGAUAUUCCAGCAAGGUGGAAGGGAAUUUGUGAGGAGGGACAAGAAUUUAGUGCUUCAUUGUGUAACAAAAAGCUUAUUGGAGUCCGGUACUUCAACAAGGGAGUUAUAGCUGCAAAUCCUAAUACAACAUUGAGUAUGAAUUCUGGAAGGGAUACUCAGGGCCAUGGCACACACACCUCGUCCACCGCUGCUGGAAAUUACGUCGAGGGUGCUUCAGUUUUCGGUUAUGCCACGGGAACAGCACGAGGGAUGGCCCCACGUGCUCACGUGGCAAUGUACAAGGUCAUUUGGGACGAAGGGCGAUAUGCUUCUGACGUUCUCGCUGGUAUGGACCAAGCUAUUGCUGAUGGUGUUGAUGUUAUAUCAAUUUCGAUGGGAUACGAUGGAGUGCCUCUGUAUCAAGAACCUAUAGCAAUAGCCUCAUAUGGUGCAAUGGAGAAAGGUGUAAUUGUUUUAGACCCUAUUGCAAUAGCCUCAUUUGGUGCAAUGGAGAAAGGUGUAAUUGUUUCCUCUUCAGCUGGAAAUGAACAUGAUAUUGGAAGUUUACACAAUGGAAUUCCUUGGGUUUUGACAGUUGCAGCAGGUUCGAUCGACCGAUUGUUUGCGGGAACACUGAUUCUAGGAAAUGGCAUGUCCAUCAAGGGAUGGAGUGUGUUCCCUGCACCAGCCCUGGUCAAGGAUGCAUCUCUUAUUUACAACAAAACAAUUUCUUCUUGUAAUUCAAUUAAGGCAUUGUCUUCCGUUCGCAGUGGGAUAGUCAUAUGUGAAAAUGGCUCAUUCUAUGAUCAAGUUUACUAUGUCUCACAAUCAAAUGCUGUUGCUGGUAUCUUCAUCUCUGAUGAGACGUUUGAGGACAGUUUUUUUAACUUUCCGGGAGUUGUGAUCAGCUCCGAGGAUGCUCCAGUUCUCAUCGAUUAUGUCAGAAAAGGUGCAAAGCCUGUUGCCAGCAUCAAGUUCCAACAAACAUUUUUCGGGGAAAAACCGGCCCCGGUGGUGGCUUCUUAUACCUCACGUGGCCCUGCCCCAAGCUAUCCCGGCGUCCUAAAACCGGACGUGAUGGCGCCAGGAACAUUAGUCCUAGCAUCCUGGAUUCCAGAUUCUGUAACAGCAAACAUUGGUUCCAAUAUUGCUUUAACUAGUGAUUAUAUCAUGAUUUCUGGUACAUCCAUGGCAUGCCCUCAUGCUGCAGGCAUUGCUGCACUUCUUAAAGGAGCGCACCCUGAAUGGUCUCCAGCCGCCAUCCGCUCUGCCAUGAUGACAACUGCAAGCCCAUUUGAUAACACGGAAAAUUACAUUCGAGAUUUGGGCAUAGACAACGAAAUUGCUACACCCCUAGCUAUGGGAGCAGGACAAGUUAAACCAAACGAUGCCCUUAAUCCCGGCCUCAUAUACGACGCCAUGCCCCAAGAUUACAUCAAUCUACUCUGCUCGAUGAAUUUCACACAAAAACAAAUCAAGACCAUCACAAGAUCAAGCUACACUUGCUCAAAUCCGUCCUCCGACCUCAAUUACCCAUCCUUUAUAGCCUUGUACACUAAUGGAACAACCACUAAGCUGGUUCAGAAAUUCCAGAGGACUGUUACGAAUGUUGGAGAUGCUGCGGCAACGUACAAGGUUAAGGUGACAGCACCAGAAGGUUCCACUGUUAAAAUAUACCCAAUAACGUUGGCAUUCAGAGAGGAAUAUCAGAAACAGAGCUAUACUGUUACUAUUAGUUACCGGGGGCGUAGUUCAGGAGAAGUUACAUUUGGUUCACUAAUUUGGGUUGAGGAUAAUGGAAAGUAUGCUGUGAGGAGUCCUAUUGUUAUUUCCCCUAUGAUUAAGACUUGGUGA